GAAAUGACGUUCUGUUUAGACACUCUCAUUGAAAUAUAGCAUAAUGCGUGUUUUGGACGAUUUCAUUGAAUGUGAAAAUGAUGUGCAUCUGGACGGUAGAGUAGCGCUUGUCACUGGAGCUACUUCGGGUUCCGGUCUAGAAACAGCGAAGAAACUAGCGAAGCGGGGCGCGAGAGUCAUCAUUGCCAGUCGCAGUUCAGCUAAAUUAUCAGAUGCGAAGGCAGAAAUCAUCAAAAGUUCGGGAAACGAAAAUAUUGUUACACGUACAGUGGACUACGAAUCCCUUAAAUCUGUUCGUAAUCUCGCACACGAGAUGUAUCUCUUCGAGACCAGAUUAGAUAUUCUGAUCAACAAUGUUGGAGCUAUCGCCCUAGAAGAUCGCCUUACGAGUGACAACUUACAUUUGAUGAUGCAAGUGAACUACUUCGGAGCAUUUUUGUUAACUUUUCUAUUGUAUCCUUUGAUGAAAUCUUCAGCACCAAGUAGAAUAGUGAAUGUCUCUUCGCUAGCUAUUCUCUUGGGAUACAUAGAUCUUGAUCAUGUUAAUGACGUUGGAUUUCCAACAUUUACAUAUUAUGCCAAUGCGAAAUUAGCUAGCGUGCUAUUUACAGUGGAAAUGAAUAAGCGGAUUCAAGGCAGUGGUGUGAAUGUGUAUAGUAUGGAUCCAGGUUUGAUUAAGUCGAAGUUUUUUAGACACUCUAAUAAUACUUUUUGGAGAUCUUUUUUAAAUGGUGUACUUAUGUUAUUUGGAAGAGAUCCAGUGCGGACAGCAGCUAUGCCUGUCUUUUUGGCAAUUGAUCCAGGAGUAUCAAAUGCUAGUGGAAAACAUUUCCGUGAUUGUGCAGAAUUUUACAGUUCUUGGUUUGCUCAUGACCCAGUUUUAACGAAAAGAUUGUGGGAUGAAUCCAAGAGAUUGGUUGGAAUAACACCUGAAGAAGACUGGGAGUUACAUCUAAGGCCUACUUUAGCUUAAAUAUAUUGUUUUACAAUUAGUAAAUGCGACAUGAACAUAACAUUAAAUAGUCACAUUAAGCAAUAUCUAUGCUGUAAUAUUUUGAAUAAGCAGUUUGAAAUUACAUUUCAUAAAUAUA